AUGGUCCGUCUACUACUCUCGAUCAAAGCAGAAUUAGAGAAUGUGACCAACCUGGUGCCCGCAUCAGAUUCCUUCGAGUAUUUCUUUCAGGUAAAAUGCAACAGCUGCCACGAAGUCCACCCGCGUUUCGUUUCCCUCAAUCGUGAAGAAGAGCGAGAUGUUUCAGGCGGCAAAGGUGCUACUGCGCACUUUGUUUGGCGAUGCGGAAUGUGUAAACGGGAGAGCUCCGCCAAAUUCGAGGCUACGAAGCCACUACCAUAUGCCGAUGAGAACGGCCAAUUCGCUCCCCUACUCACCAUAGAGUGCAGAGGGCUGGAAUUCGUAGGAUUUGACCCGAGAGGGAUCUGGCAAUGUGAGGGGUUGACGGGUGCGAAAUUUCCGGAGGUCGACCUUGAAAACGGCGAAUGGGUGGACUACGACGAGAAGGCAGCACUCCCAGUAGGUGUAUCAGGAUUGGAAAGUCAGUGGAGCAGAGCUCCCUAG